CUCAAAAUGGAAGCGUUUUGUUGUGAGUGUGUAACGUUUCGCGUUGAUUGUAUUGCACUGUAGCUAUAUUGUAAGAAAAAAACAGGAAAGAGGUGUUAACAUUGCUGUUAGAAUAUAUGAGAUACUAUCUACAAUGUAUAACGGGAUCGGCUUGCCCACUGCAAGAGGUUCAGGAACAAAUGGUUAUGUUCAACGCAACUGGGCUUUUGUGCGAAAGACUAAAGAUAAAGUAAAUUACAAGACGGAAGAGGAACUCGAGAAGUUAGAAGCCACUAGCAACAGACAACCAAACCGUGACAUUUUGGACCAUGAAAGGAAGAGGAAAGUUGAGGUGAAAUGUAUUGAACUUGAAGAAAUCCUUGAAGACCAAGGGUAUUCCCAGUCUGAAAUUGAGACGAAGGUAGCUGCGUACCGAAAUAUGCUAGUGGAUAAUGAUGGUAAUAAACCUACAGUUUUACCACGAGAUGAAUUUGGACGAGUUGUUGUGCGUGAAACCCACCAAAUUGCAGAAGCACAACAGGAGAAGAAUGCUAAGUUGAGAGAGGCAUUUGGCAUAUCAGAGUACUUUGUGGAGGGGAGCAGUUUGGACCCACAGCGGCAUGUGAAGGAAGCACAGGCGAAGGCUGCAGCCGAACAGAAUAAGAAAUACACAUUGGUGCGAACACCGAGUCCUGUUGCUGUUGCUGACACAGACAAGGAUAAGGACAAAGAAAGUUCUGAUAAGAACAAGAAAAGAAAGAGGAGAACAAGGGAAAGGCCUGGAAGCCAUGAAACAUCUCAUGUCAGGAUGGCCAGACCUCACUCAGAAUUCAAACUGGAUACAUCCAGAAUUUCAUCAAGCCCUGAAGCCAAGAUAUCGAAGAAGAAAAAGUCCAAGAAACACAAGAAAGACAGAUCUGAGUCACCUAAACAUUCAAAGAAGAAGAUAUCUGCAAAAGAUAAAAAGAAGGAAAAGGAGCGUCACAAACGACGAAGAUCUUCUUCCUCUUCAGCUGAUUCAUCAUCAUCAGUAUUAAGUGACAGCUCUGAUUCUAGCAGUGCAUCCAUUUCAAGUGAUGACAGACAGCACCAUAAGAAAAAGGACAAGAAUAAGCAACAAAAGGAGAAGGUGGAGACCAUCUCCAAAGACAAGCGAUCUCAUGAAGAGAGAAAACGAGUAGGAAGCGGGUCGAAGAAAAAGCCAGAUACAUCUCAUGAAAGUUCAUCUGAUAGUAACCCUGAAGUUGAAAGACGGCACUCCAAGACUCAUACUGUGGAAAAAUCAAGUCGACAUCAUAACAAACCCCACAUUUCUUCACCUGUAGUAAAUCAUAGUGCUAGAUCUAAACAGCAGACACGUUGUGGAUCACGUGAUCGGAACACAAAGAACAAUAACCGUGAUGGAAACAUCAACAAAGCUGAUAGUAAAAAGGAGAAGAAUGAAUCAAGAAGUAAGAAACAUACUGAAAUUGAGGAUGAAAUAAAGAAAGAAAAGAAGAUAAAGGAGAGAGAAACAGAGUCAAGAGAUAAAGGAAGGGAGAAGGAUAAAAAGGAUAAGGAAAGGGAGAGCAGAAGAAGGAAGCGAAGUUUGGAAAGGACACAGCGUCGAAGCAUUUCUUCUGAUGGUAGGUUAAGUCACUCACGGUCUUUAUCUCCCAAGAAGUCUAAGAAUAUUGCACAGAAUUCACAGAAAAAACGACUUAUAUCUCGGUCUCCCAAAAGCAAGCACAGUGUGCAUCAAAGAUCUACAUCACCUUCCACUAAGAAUCGUAGGUCAAGUCCUAAAAGUACUAGUCGUACACGAUCACCAUCUACUAAAAGAUCCAAAGGUGUAGCAGACACUAAAUCGUCACAUGUAUUAGCCUCCCCAAAGAACAAGCAUAGAAAAUCAAGGAGUCAUACUAAAUCUCCAUCUGUUCAGAACCAUAGGUCCAGUAAUAAAUUGUCUUCUAGAAGCAGAAGAGAAGAUCAUCAUAAGUCAAGAAGUGAAAGCAGGGCCUCCUCAGUAUUAAACUAUAGUUCUGCCAAUGCAAAAGAGAGAAAAAGUGAAUCAUAUGUGUCACAGUCUCCUAAAUCUAAACGAACUCGCCAGCGGUCAGUAAGCCACACUCAGUCUCCAUCUGCCAAGAACUAUAGAUCAAAGAGAAGUCAUGAUGCGAAGAACAGUAGAGUACGUUCAUCUACUUCCCCCAAAAGGAAACAGUCACGUUACUCCACAUCCCCGAGAGCAGGGCGAAGGCCUCACUCCAGAAGCAGAAGUAAAUCACUGGUCAGUAAUCAUCGUUCAAGAAAAAAUUCCAGAUCCACAUCUCCAAAAUCAGCUCGACAGCAUUCUAGGAGCGACAGUCAGUCCCACAGUAAAUCAGACAAGAAGACCUCACAUUCUCCUGCAUGCAGUACUCAUCAUGACCAAAGGGCCAAAAGCAAGAGUAAGUCACCAAAUAGAAGUCACAAAGCAAGCAGAAAAGCACCUCCAUUAUCAAAACAUGAACAUGGACUGUGUAACCAUAAGAAAAGGGUUAAAUCACCUACUCCCAUAAGCAGAAGAAAAGUUAGUGAGCAGAAACAAGGACAUAAAUGCAGGAGUGAAAGCAGCAGUAGUGCAAAUUCAACGUUAAGCUAUUCUCCAAUGGAGAGAAAUCCUGAAAGAUAUAAGGAUAUCAUAGAUACCAGACCUUCAAGUAGUAAGAGCAGUGCUGUUGGAAAGGGCGGUGAUAGGUCAACAAAGAAGCGCACCUCAAUGAGUAAGUCAUCGAGGUCUCGGUCUCGCUCAGAAUCGAGAAACCGGCGUCCAGCACCAACGGUGAUCCCUAGGGUUAGACUGCGGUCAUCAAGUGGUGAAGAAGAAGAGGAGGAAGAUGAGAAGGAUGUCAGAGAAAAAGAAAAAGAGGAUGAAAAGGAAAUUCAGACUUUAAAAUUGCUUAAAUCUGGGCUUGCAGAGAAGGCUAAAGAAACAUUGGAAAAGAAAUUGUCCAAAGUGUCGCCAGAUCUCAGAAGUCAGGAACAACCACUAUGUAAAGAUGACAAGCAAACACUUACAGUUGUGAAGGAAGAUAAAGCAGUAAAGCCUUUUGCAGUUACAACAAAUGAAACAUCUGUGUCAGAUAUUGCACUUCCUGAAAAAGAACCCAAGAACAAGGUCAGUGAGAAAACUAUAACAGAAAAUCAAAUUAUAAAUGUUGUAUUGCCAUCAAGUCCUCCACCUUCCCACCUACCACUUCCCCCCAAAAGUCCUGACCAUCCUCCACCAAUACAACCUUCAUCAAUUCCGAAACCACCAGGAUCUCCACCAGUUAGGAAGAACUCAGAAAUUGAGAAGGACAGUAUUGAUGGUGAUUCAGAAACAUCAAAGAAAGUUACAGCUGUUGUAGAACCUAGGAGGAUUAACCAGAAGAGACCUCAUUCCCCUGGCCUUGAAGCUCUGCGUCGAAGACGACGGUCAAAUUCUAGUAGCAGAUCCAGAUCCCGAUCUGAGUCACGGAGCCACGGCAAAUCAUCACCCAAAUCAGAAAAAUCACGCAGCUCCUCACGAUCAUCCUACAGUCCUAGUUUCAGCCCUUCAAGUGCAAAGAGUUGGUCAUCAAGUAGCAGUGGAUCUCGGUCACACAGUCGGUCUGUGUCACGCAGCCAGACACGGAGCAGAACCCAUUCAGGUUCUCGUUCUGUGACGCACUCACGAUCACGAAGCAGGUCUCACAGCCUCACUGUCAGCACAAAAAGUUCCAGUGGGCGUAGUUCACGCAGCCACAGCAAUAGGUCUCACACCCGCAGUCGAUCACGUUCCAGUCAUAAGAGCGCCAGUGCAAGUCCUCAUACUAGCCAUUCAUCACGAUCACGGUCACCCUCUAUUCCCAGGCGCAGGGGAUCACCUAGCUUUCUAGAUAGGAGGCGCAUUACCAGCCGGAGUGGUGGGAAUUCCAAGUCGAGGUCUCCUUCUUCCAGUAGGUGUGGCAGUGGUUCAAGGUCAUCAAGGACUCCUGACAGGAAACAGGAUUCUCAUCAGUCCAGGCAAAAAAGUCGACGCUAAAUUUUAUAAUUUUUUUACAUGGCUGGGACUUUGUUGAUUGAACUAAUGAGCAGUGACUAUUGUGGAUGACUAAUUGAUCUUUGUAGUUUGCGCUGUCUUUACUAGGGCAGAUCUGUUAUUGUAUGUAUGAAAGGAAUGAAUGAGAGUGAAAGAAAGUUAUGGUUUAUCUGGAAGUAGAAGUACGAUAGUGUAUGUUGUUACAUAGUGACAUAUCUCUAUAGCAUAUUGCUUUGUGUACCUUGAUGAAGAAUCUUAAUACAUCCUUACAUUAAACCAAGAUUUGUCAACCAUUUCUUGAGAACUUGCAGUACUUAAUCUUACAGUACAUGUGAUUAUUAUGCAGUUUCUGUUAUCAGUACCUUUGCAUAGAUCCAGUCCUAUUUACUUAUGAUUUGUUACAACAUCUUUGUCAGUUUGGGACACUACCAUAUUUUUAUAACUAUAAUAUAAAGCAAAUAAAUUCAAGUAUAAAUCCACAUGCUGGUAGUCACAUUAAGUAAUGAACAGUUUUAAGGGUUAGGUGGUUAUGUAUAGUUGUUUAUAACUUUUAAUGUUCAUUUGCGGUCAUUAUGAAAUAGCUAUAUAAUUCUGUUAUGUAAUAUAUUCAGGAUCCCAGUGUCUUGGUAAGGUGGAUUGGUUUUGCGCAUUAUGUUUACAAGAAAUAAAUUCAACAUCAUGCUGUACUUUCUUUCCAAACUUUGCGUAUUUUGGCAUAUUACAGGAAGAUAAUGAAGGAGUGUUUCUGGUAAUUCAUUCUUAAGAUUUUACAUCAGGGUAUAGUUUAUUUUCAUUUGGAGGUAAGUUUUAAAUGAUAAUUUAUCUUCAUCUUUCUGCCAUGUGGUACACAUAAGCUACCUGAUGUGCAGACUGUAUGUAGACAUGUUGCAGAGUUGUCUUUGAUUUUGUCAGUGUUUGUGAGCAACAUAACUUUAUCCAAUUUUGUAGUAAAUGUACAGAUUUAAUUUUUCUUCCCAUAUUGGUAGAGUGGAUCCUCCUUUUACUUUCUGUUAUUUUAGUGUACCUAAUUUAAAAUGCCACUGCACUUGAAUAUUGCAUGUAGCUUUAGUUGUUCUGUGUUUCACGUGUUGUCCUGUUAUGAAAGUGUGAAGGAGAUGUAAGAUUUAUCAUGCUCAUUUCCUCUAAACUACCUUCUGAUUAAAGGUUACAGGGCGUACUGAAAUAUUGCCCAGUGUCUGUCAAAAUAAGAACAGUCUCAUAAUGAUUUGAAUGUUUUGUCAGGACAGGCAUGUGCAUGCGGAGGGAUAAGGAAGCUUAAAAAUUUGAAGGAUACUGCCAUAUGCUGUAUUGAAGAUGGUACAACCCACAGUUGGUUAUGCUUGGGGAGUGUGUUAGUAACUUGACGUACAAAUGUGCAGAUAGCUGAAAAAGCAUCAUAAUUUUUUUUCUAUCUUUCUUUCAUAUCUAUUAAAUUCAACUGUAAUAUAAAUUGUAUCAGCAUUUAUUAGAUUGUAAAUAAUACCUUAUAUAAAAAGUGUUCAUAUUUUUCUAAAGUAAACAAAAGAACUGUAACAGAUAGAUUGGAUCAGAAUUUUUGGACUUAUAGAUUAAAGAAAGUGAGUGUAGAAUGGAAAGUAACAUAAUUUAAGAAAGGUUUUAAUGUGAUCUUAUUACCUACUGUAUUAAAGUUUUAUAUCUCUCCUUUCAUACCAUCAUUGCUAUGCAUAUGAAUAGUUCAUAAUAAUGAUAAGUAUUAAUGUUUAGAAAUUCAGUUUAUGUUUCUGGGCUUAAUUACCCAAAACAAAAACACUUUCUAGUUCAUUUUUCUGUCAUUUGUUUCAAGCCAGAUAAAAUGUGAAAGUCUGAAACCUCCAUUGCUUGAUAUCUUUACAUAUCUUGUCAAGUUGAAUUUAUUAAAGUACUGUUCUUUAAUUCCUGCUUGACAGAAACAUUUUCCAUGUAAUAGUAUCUAAUUGUAUUAAUCACCAACAUUAUGAUAAGUUGAUUAAAUUGUUUCUAUUGCUUCACACAAUUGCUUAACAUUGACAACCAUUUAUGUUUUAUCAAGACUUUUUUAUUACAUACGUCAUAUUACUUGAAGUUUGCAGUAUACUGAUGGAAAUUAUAGGUUAUAUUCUUUGAAUACUUGCAGAUUAUUUGUUUAGUAAGCAAUGCCAUAUUUGUGUUAGCAUCAAAAUUGCAGUGCUAUAUGACGUGCAUCUGUCACACAGAUUCUUUGUACAAGAAUGCCUUCAGAGUACAUUUAAAAUUGCUCUUAUGAUAGAUACAUAGAGCAUGAACUGCAUUCUUGAAUGGCAUGAUAUGCACCAGUAUCAAUGAAUCAUGGUGUAUAGAGUACAAGAGUGUUCCUCACUCACUUCUGCACAUGUCUGUGGAGGCUGAGACUGAUGGAAAUGAAGGUGGUGAAGCUGAACACAAUACAGUAUGCAAAUACAUUUAUAUUUCCAUUCUGUAUUUUUCUUUACUGUAGGCCUAUUAUGCUGAUAGUCAAGAAUUGAAGGUGUAAAUGCAAAGUGUAAUAAAAUGCAACAGAUCACAUUCUG